AAAAGCAGCCAGUUCAGACAACACCUUCAUCGCCAUUCUUCUUCCUCGGAAUUCCUUGCUGCCAGAUUGAAGACAUUCUGCAAGAUGCGUGAGUGCAUUUCAGUCCAUGUUGGCCAGGCCGGUGUGCAGAUUGGCAAUGCAUGCUGGGAGUUGUAUUGCUUGGAACAUGGGAUUCAGCCAGAUGGGCAAAUGCCCAGUGACAAAACCAUCGGAGGUGGGGAUGACUCCUUUAAUACUUUCUUCAGUGAAACUGGAGCUGGAAAGCAUGUGCCUCGGGCUGUAUUUGUGGAUCUGGAACCCACUGUGAUUGAUGAGGUUCGGACUGGCACCUACCGCCAACUCUUCCAUCCAGAACAGCUGAUCACUGGCAAGGAAGAUGCUGCCAACAACUAUGCACGUGGGCAUUACACCAUCGGCAAGGAAAUCAUUGAUUUGGUGCUGGACAGAAUCCGGAAGCUGGCUGAUCAGUGCACGGGGCUCCAGGGAUUCCUCAUCUUCCACAGCUUUGGGGGAGGCACUGGCUCAGGAUUCACUUCCCUGCUGAUGGAACGGCUCUCAGUUGACUAUGGCAAGAAGUCCAAGCUGGAGUUCUCCAUCUAUCCAGCACCUCAGAUUUCAACCGCUGUGGUGGAGCCCUACAACUCCAUCCUCACCACACAUACCACUCUUGAGCACUCCGAUUGUGCUUUCAUGGUGGACAAUGAAGCCAUCUAUGAUAUCUGCCGCAGGAACCUGGACAUUGAGCGUCCAACCUACACAAAUCUGAACAGGUUGAUUGGCCAGAUUGUGUCCUCCAUCACUGCCUCCUUGCGCUUUGAUGGGGCUCUCAAUGUAGACCUAACAGAAUUCCAGACCAACCUAGUGCCAUACCCCCGCAUCCAUUUCCCUCUGGCCACUUAUGCCCCUGUCAUCUCUGCCGAGAAGGCCUACCAUGAGCAGCUUUCUGUGGCUGAGAUCACAAAUUCUUGCUUUGAGCCUGCUAACCAAAUGGUGAAAUGUGACCCUCGCCAUGGCAAAUACAUGGCUUGCUGCCUUCUGUAUCGAGGCGACGUGGUGCCCAAGGAUGUCAAUGCUGCCAUUGCCACCAUUAAAACAAAGAGAACAAUCCAGUUUGUGGACUGGUGUCCCACAGGUUUCAAGGUGGGCAUCAACUACCAACCCCCUACUGUGGUUCCUGGUGGAGACCUCGCCAAAGUCCAACGGGCAGUGUGUAUGCUGAGCAAUACCACUGCCAUUGCUGAGGCCUGGGCCCGUCUGGAUCACAAGUUUGACCUGAUGUAUGCCAAGCGGGCCUUUGUCCAUUGGUAUGUAGGGGAAGGCAUGGAAGAAGGAGAGUUCUCAGAGGCCCGUGAAGACAUGGCUGCCCUGGAGAAGGAUUAUGAAGAGGUGGGGACUGAUAGUAUUGAUGGAGAAGGAGAAGAGGAGGAAGGGGAUGAGUAUUAGCACAAUCAAGUUUCUCUUAUAUGGGGAAUUAAAAGAUACAAUACAUUUGGGGAUUCUUUUGUCAAAAUAAAACAUUCAGUAUGUUG